CAGCCGGCAAACUCAAAUCGUUGUCCUAAAUAUUGAGUGGUCGAAGCGCAAAAAGCGCAGCUUGGAAAUUAGUCUUGUAUCCGUACUCGGUGGUAAAGGUCGCAUGUGGAGAUGAUCUUGGACAAGGUGUUCCACGUCGUGCUGGAUCAGAGACGAGGAUGCCUAAUCGUAUAUGCAGGUUAUGUCCUCGAUCUUCAGUCCCAUUUUCCUAGCCAGGCAAUGCGAGAUGAGGAUGCGUGGAGGAAUCUUGCGCUCUCACUCGAAAGAGAACUUGAGUCCUUGCAACAAAAGCGAGACGAAGAUGAAGCAGAACUUGUUCACCUGCGGCAAAAUGUGUCCAAAGACGCACCAGGUGACUCGGACACUGCUCCCCCCGAAAGAAAACCGAGAACACUGGUAAAGCUCCAGAACUUCAACUUCAGGACGAUAACUAGGCUGCAAAAUGGGAAGGUGCAAAUAUCAUGUAUCCGCCUCGUUUUCCUUGAUUCACGACUUGGAAGAAUGCCUCAACGUAGCAGGUCAGUCUGUACCAUCCCUCACUGCAGCAUUCACAUCCCUGCGAGGCGUCCUCAGCUCAGCAGGUUCCCAGACAGGUGACGACGCAGCACACGACUCGCGCCUGCUAGUUGCAAUCACAAGGACGAUUGACACGAUUCGCAAACUCCUAGGUCUACAAAAUGUUUCGACAUCUUUUGCUCCAUCAAAACUCAGCGAGUCGAGAACCGCAAUGGCCUACCCACUCUUGGUGUACGUCUUACGCGUCGCUUGUCCAGUUCUCUUCCACCAAGGCAUCGAAGGCUUCCGGCGGC